GCACUGGAAAGUUUUGAAUUUAUUUACCAUCUUCGACUAUUUUUUGGUCUUAGUCUCAUUGAAUCAUCAUUUUCUAAAGAAAACCGAACCAACCAAAUGGGACUUUUCGAUAAACUCAAGACUGGUAGUAGUCAAAAACCAGCACCACCACCUUAUUCUGCUACCAACAACAACAACAACAAUCAUCAGAAUUCAUCUAAACUCAAUCCUUAUCCACCUACAGUCACAAGUCCUGUUACGCCCAUUUCACCUUCUAUGAAUCAAGCUGGAAGUUCUGAUCAAAGAGCUUUACCACCGGGAUGGGUAAAAGAAUGGCAUGAUGGAUAUCAAAGGUUUUAUUAUGUUGAUACACUCGCUCCUGGUGGACCGGUUUCACAUUGGACACAUCCAUCUGAUCAUCAACAAGGACAAGACCGUACAGGUUAUGGACAAACACAUUAUACUUCACCACAACCUCAAGCUGGGUUUGGUCAACCACAACAACCUGUUUAUCAACCACAACAACCUGUUUAUCAACCACAACAACCUGUUUAUCAACAACAAAGACCUGUACCACAAAUGAUGGGUAAUAACAAUGGAAGAGGUAGAGCUGGGAUGAACCCAUUGAUGGCAGGUGCAGGUGGUUUAGCAGGUGGAAUGUUAUUAGGCUCUAUGCUUGGAGGAAUUGGUGGACAUCAUGGUUAUGAUAAUGGUUAUGAACAGGGAUAUGAAAAUGGAUAUGAUAAUGGAUAUGAUAAUGGUGAUAUGUUUGGUGGUGGUGAUUUUGGAGGUGGUGAUUUUGGUGGAGGUGAUUUCUUUUGAAACAUUUCUACAUACAUUUAUAUACGAUACGGUCUUGAUUCUUUUUUUCAUCUAUUGAGUAUGGCAAAGUUUUUUUUUCUUACUACAAAUAUCCUCCUAAGUACAUAGCUUCUUUCAAUAUCUUCUAUCAAGAUCAAACACAAUCUUCUCUAUGAUUUUAUCUGUUGUAUUUCAUGGCUCACAGAUUUGGUUUGAUUUUUCUUAACUUGUUUUUUCUGUAGUUUGGAUUUGUUUCUGAUUUCUUUGAUAGCUCACUCACACAUCACAUCAUAUGAGUAAUCGAAUGUAAUUUUUUGUGUAGGCUAGCUAAGGUUUUGAAUCAUUAAUGAGAGUUGAGUGAAAAACAUGAAUGUUUGGAUGUUUAUG